UGUACAUGUAUAUAGGGCGACUAUGCACUCUGCACGACGCUACUGUGUAUAGGUUCAGCCGGUAUAUAUUAUACAUAUGUAUAUGGACGUAUGACUGUAAGUACAUACACCAAUGAAUAGUUAGUAUUUGAAAAGCACCUACACCUACACAUACACCUAUACAUACACCUACACCUACACAUAACAUACACAUGCACCUAGGAACACAUAUCUGUAUGGAGGUACAAACAGAAAACAUACAUGAAUUUAUGAACCCAUUGCUGGAAUAAAGUUAAAACAGCACAUACAGUGCAUAUAGCACAUAACACACAUAUAACACACUAGAAACACCAUGAGCGGUUACGAUCAAGUAUACACUACCCCCUCUGUGGGGUCAGCUCGGAGGUCAGAGUCGUUUGGCGAAGGGCUGCAACGGCGUUUCAAGAAGCGUGUGCAGCUUGAAUACUACAAACUAACCUCAGGGGAUGCGUCCUUCGCUCACGCCAUACUGACAGUCUUCACAGGAGUGGCUUGUGUGGUACUCGCAGUGGUUGUGUGCAAUGGUUUUCUGAACAUUCUAUUCCAUUGGUCGACACCAGAACCCAAUCUACCUACAAUGCCACGACAGGUGUCGGUGGUAAUCCCUACAUACCAUGAACGCGAAAAUAUACCGAAUUUGGUGGAGCGGGUAUUCAAAG